GAAGAUAAAAGUUGAUGCACCUGCAUGUGCAGACGCAUCAAAACAUAAACAGAAGAAAGAAGGUUUUAAGAGGAGAAAAUGCGUUACCGACUUGGAAAUAGUUAUUUUUUUCCAGCCUAAAAUAAUUUAUUAAAUAUUAAAUAAUGUUUUUAAGAUAAAUUAUUUGGUCUGUAUCGAGUUAGAGUGAAACACAAAAGGUUAAAAUAACAAUGGCUAGCAUGCUAACCGGGAGCUAAUAGCUUGGUUUGACUGUUUGACAUCUUCUUUAGUGCGAGGAGGGACUAUUUGCUUUAAUCGAAGCCUCGCAGGAUGGACGGCGUUACGGUGUCUGCGGCGGAAGGCUCCGUGGAGGACAUGGAGGGGAUCUGUGUCAUGCCGGAUCUGAGCGCAAUCAAAACAGAACAGUCGGUGGGCGCCGCUCCAGACGACACCAACCCUCAAAAUGUGGCAAUGGGUAUCAAAUUCAUCCUACCCAACCGCUUCGACAUGAAUGUCUGCUCAAGAUUCGUGAAGUCUCUUAACGAGGAGGACAGCAAGAACAUCCAGGAUCAGGUCAACUCUGAUCUGGAGGUGGCCUCGGUUUUAUUCAAAGCUGAGUGCAACAUCCAGACCUCUCCUUCUCCUGGUAUUCAAGUGCGUCAUGUUUACACACCGUCCACCACAAAGCAUUUUUCUCCCAUCAAACAGUCCACCACACUCACCAACAAACACCGCGGCAAUGAGGUCUCUUCCACACCUCUCUUGGUGCAUUCUUUGUCUAUUCAUCAGCUGGCAGCACAAGGAGAGAUGGUAUUUUUGGCCAGCAGGAUUGAACAAGAAACUGUGAUCAACCUGAAAGACGAGGAAGGGUUCACUCCGCUGAUGUGGGCGGCUGCACACGGACAGAUAGCCGUUGUUGAAUUUCUGCUGCAAAACGGCGCCGACCCCCACCUGCUGGCCAAAGGGAGGGAAAGUGCGUUGUCUCUAGCCUGCAGUAAAGGAUACACAGAUAUUGUGAAGAUGCUCAUCGACUGUGGAGUUGACGUGAACGAGUACGACUGGAAUGGCGGGACUCCUCUGCUGUACGCCGUUCACGGGAACCAUGUGCGCUGUGUGGAGAUCUUGUUAGAGAGCGGAGCUGAUCCCACCAUGGAGUCAGACUCUGGGUUUAACGCCAUGGACAUGGCGGUGGCGAUGGGACAUCGAAACGUUCAACAGGUGAUCGAGGCGCACUUGCUGAAGCUUCUGAUGGGAAUCAGAGAGUAAACUUUAGUUUCGGAGUUGUGGUGCCGUUAGUCCUAAAGAACGUCUCGACUGUUUGCUGGCUGGAAGAUUUUCCCGCCUUGAAGAGAACAUUCAAGUAUUUGUCGUUAUUUAUUUGACCGGGAAGCACAUGAAGGUUUUGUGCUGUGAAGCUGUCAUACUGUGCACUUUUUUUUGUUACAUUUAAAAUAAUUAGGUUAUUACUAAAAAAUCUUUGAAUUUUUUUUUUUUUUUUAGGCUGAAAGAUUUUUUAAAUGAAAUUUGUUGCAUGGUUUUCCUGAGCAGCCCCACACAAACACGUGUGUUGUUUUUUUUGUGUUGUGAAUGUAUUUAUUUAUUUAGACUGUACGUUGUUUCUGUACGGUAAUGUGUUGUAAACUGUUUCAGACCUCACAUUUAUAGCAUUUUUGUUGGUCAUUCUACACGUCUAACAGUGAAGAUCCCUUCUGUUUAAGUCUGACAUUAACCUGCAAGAUUCCAGUUUAUCAAGAAGCCUGUUUAAUUUAAAUAAAACUUUAUUUAAAAAUGUUAAGGUUUCAAAAAUGGAUGAAGAUGAUGCGAUAUUUCACUUUACAAUAAAAACUGCUCAAUCUGAAAGUG